GCAGAACUUGUCAUAUCACAGAUCUUUGUGUGAGCAUUGAACACAGAAUUCAACAUGAAGUGUGGAUUUUUUACCAUCCUACUGGUCCUUGCAGUAUUAGUGGUAGUGGCAGAAUCAUAUGGUAGAAGACACGGAGGAGGCAGACAUAAAAGUGUUUCCCGGCAUAGGAGUUAUCAUAAAGGUGUGUCCCGUCACAGGAGUUAUCAUGGAAGAGUAUCCCGUCAUAGGACCUAUCACAAAAGAGUUUCCCAUCGCCACAGUUACAAAAGACGUGUUUCCCACCACAGGAAUUAUCGUCGUUCGCACGUUGGAAGAUAUGCAAGAAAGUCCCAUGUAAGAAAAUAUGGCGCUAAACGUUAUGGGAGGAGACAUGUUCACAGAUUCGGACAGAGACACCAUCACCGAGGAAUACACAAACAUAUACACAGACACCACGUCGUACAUAGGGUACAUAAACAUCAUGUUGUACAUCGGGUACACAGACACCAUCGACAUGGACACAGAUAUGGACAUGGACAUGUACACCAUCACCGAGGAAUACACAAACAUAUACACAGUCACCAUGUCGUACAUAGGGUACAUAAACAUCAUGUUGUACAUCGGGUACACAGACACCAUCAACAUGGACACAGAUAUGGACAUGGACAUGUACACCAUCACCGAGGAAUACACAAACAUAUACACAGUCACCACGUCGUACAUAGGGUUCAUAGACAUCAUGUUGUACAUAGGGUACACAGACACCAUCGACAUGGACACAGAUAUGGACAUGGACAUGUACACCAUCACCGUGGAAUACACAAACAUAUACACAGACACCACGUCGUACAUAGGGUACACAGACACCAUCGACAUGGACACAGAUACGGACAUGGACAUGUACACCAUCACCGAGGAAUACACAAACAUAUACAUAGACACCACAUACAUAAGGUACACAGACACCAUCGACAUGGACACAGAUACGGACAUGUACAUGUACAUCAUCACCGAGGAAUACACAAACAUAUACACAGACAUCACAUACAUAGGGUACACAGACACCACGUUGUACAUAGGGUACAUAGACAUCAUGUCGUACAUAAGGUUCAUAGGCAUGUUCACAGACAUCACACUGUACAUAAACAUGUUCACAAUCAUCCCGUGGUACAUAGGAUACAUAGACAUGUACACACAAAUGGACACACUCAUGUACAUGUUCACGGACAUAGCCACAGUCAUGGUCACGCAUACUACAAUCUUAGACUGAGCCAUGGGAUCAUUUACUUUGGAGGAAACAGAUACCGCCUAAGUUGUGACCGACGAAGAUUUUUGAGCCUUUGGGAGGAGUGCAAUCAAUCUUACGGUGACAGCAAUGAGUGUUUCACGCAGUUAGGAAGUCAACAUCUUUAUACAAGUUUUCAAGGUAUAAAGCUAUAG